AAGAUCAUGGUUUGGGUUCAAAUAAGUAUGUUACGUAAGUUACGCAACUAACGUAAGUUAACCCCGGUCUCCUGGGUGAAAGUCCUUUGUUUGUUUGUGCUGUCCAUCCACCCCACCACCUACAUAAGCAGACUUUCUAGCUCUUUAUACAACGUCACCUGACUUCCUGGUUUGCUCCCGUCAUAAUUACCAUGACCACUAGAGGUCACAUCCUACAAUAAACAUAAACAUGGGCCGUAAUAAGCAGCUUUCACAAUCAACCCAUGCGGCUGUUUUUCUGGUGAGGGCGGGCAGUACUUGUCCAGGGUGUACACAGCGUCUCGCCCCCAUAACCCUGAACAGGAUAAAUAGGUAUAGAUAAUGGACAGAAUUUUUAUGAUUUAGAAGAAAACCAUUCCUAUUUCUUUAUAGUUAAUUUAAACUAAGGUGUUAUACAAAGUUUUCUUUUUUGCUGACAUUAAUUAAACAUCAGUAUCAGUGGGACCUUUCAUAAUGAGGCCACUCUGCUGAGGUGUGUGUGUCCUCUGUCUUGAAAAGUUUAAAAGAAGUUCGAGCAGAGUUUCAGCUCAGUUAGGAGGGACUCACAGUAUGACUACAGCAGGACAGCAGGUGAAUGCUAAAAUUCUCACAAUGUCUCAGAUGUUUUAUUAGUAAGUUCUAACCUAAGCAUUAUAUUGACUUUGAAAAGAAAAUGGUACAUUUGAGGUUGUUUGUUAAAAUUGUAUUCAUGAUAAUGAAUGUGUUUAGUAUUAUUAUGUUGUCUUCUGUUUAUAUGAGCUUGAUGUUUCAGCUGCACAUUGUGCAAAACAAGCAGACAUUUGAAACUGUUCCAUUAUAACUACCAGUUAAAUCUACAACAAAAUGUAACAAACGUGUUGCUUUGUGUGCACAGUAGAGUUGGCAGGAACCAUAAGGAAGAUCAUGGUAAACUCUACACAGGUUACAUAUUUCACACUUGCUGCCUACUUUGACACAGGGCUGUUUAAAUACUUCUGUUUUAUGAUUGUUAUGUCUCUAUAUGCUUUUAUUGUUUUUGCCAAUGUUUUGCUCAUCGUGGUUAUCUGCAUGAACAGAAGCUUACAUGAACCUAUGUACUUUUUUCUGUGCAGCCUGUUUGUAAAUGGAUUGUAUGGUAGUACGGGGUUGUUUCCUUUCCUUCUGGUUCAGAUUUUCUCUGACAUUCACACUAUUUCUGCUCCCUUUUGUUUCCUGCAGAUUUUCUGCGUGUACUCAUAUGGAAGUGUAGAAUUUUUAAACUUAGCCAUCAUGUCUUAUGACAGAUACCUUGCUAUCUGUUGUCCUCUACAAUACAAUACACUUAUGACAUCUAACAAAGUUGCCAUUUAUAUUGCUGUAAUAUGGUUACCCCCAAUUCUUGUAAAUUUUUUUACACUUCCUUUGAUUGUCCCUUUACAGCUGUGUGGGAACAUCAUUAACAAAGUGUACUGUGACAACCACUCUAUUGUGAAACUGGCCUGCUAUGACACCACAGUCAAUAACAUCUAUGGCCUCUUUGUUAGUGCCUUUUCAGUCUUUGGUCCACUAAUUUUAAUCAUUUACACUUACAUGAUAAUUUUUAAAGUAUGUUUUUCUGGUUCUAAACAGACCAGACAAAAAGCUAUCAGUACCUGCACACCUCACCUUGCUUCCCUUCUGAACUUUUCUUUUGGGGCUUGCUUUGAAAUAUUACAAAGCAGGUUUAACAUGAACAAUGUACCCAAUUUGUUGCGAAUUUUUUUAUCGUUAUACUUUCUUACAUGCCCGCCACUCUUCAACCCUGUAAUGUAUGGCCUGAAUCUGUCUAAAAUCCGUGUUGCAUGUAAAAGUCUGAUAUUAAAUGAACACUAUUGGCAUUAGCAGUUACCUCAGUCACAUUAGUAAGGAUUUGCCUAUUUUCUUUAAUGUUAUAGGACCUUUGUAUUAUUCUAACCGUGCAUUGUGUUAUAGUUUUAAAUAUAAAGUACAUUUACUUAUACUUUUUAAUCUGUUUUGCUAUUGUAAAUAUAGAGACACAACAUCCACAGUAGUAAAGUAGUAGUAAAGCUGCACAACAGUUUUAGAAACAGUUGCGUUCACCAUGUUGUGUCAGAUUAGAGAAAUUAGCUCAAUAUAUUUAAUAGCAGAAGGGAUAUCAAAAGCACUUUGUAAUCAUAUAAUAGCACGUUUACCACAUUUUACUAAGACUGUGGGAGGGGUAACUGAAGUAAAUAAUUAUAAUUACUACCAGUUGGCUUGACUUUAAUCGCAACUUAAUAAUUUCAAAACAUUUUGAUGCAACUGCAAUAGGUUGAGACAGAGGUCAGAUCUCUUUCAGUUUUCAUGUAUGUCAGGCAGAGUCACAGGUGAAGCCAGGCACUGCUGCACACCUAUGUACCAGAGUAUCUAAAAGCCUAUGCCAGAGUGCCCUUUGUGGAAGUCUGGCCAGGUUACAGUACAUAAAGACAAAUAAAUAUAGAUAUAUGAUAUCAACACUUUACAUAUACAUAUGUGAGUCCACCUGCUUUGUUCACUAAGUAUACAAAUAAGUGUACUUAAAAUUCCUGAAAAUUGAGUUAAGUUUUCUGUCAACACAUUUAUUCUGUUAUUUCCUGCUGAAUCUAAUAGUAGCCUGUACACAUCUACCAUGGACAAGGGAUAUAACUUAAUACACUUAAUUUUACAUAGUAUUGUCUUUUUUUUUCAUGUUAAUUUUCCUACUUGUUCAACUGUUUUCUCUGCAAAGAUGACACCUAUUACAUGUUUGUCCUGGAGGAGGGAUCCCUCCUCUACAGUUAUUCCUGAGUUUUUGGAAGGACGGUUUUUUGUGUGUGGAGUUUUUAGACUCAAGGCUGUAACAAUGGAGCGUGUCCAGAGAUUGUAAAGACCUCUGAGGCAAAUUUGUAGUUUAUGAUUUUGGGCAGUAUAAAUAAAAUGGACUUGACUUGAAA